AUGAACUCAUCCGUUAAAGGGGAAUCCGAGGUUCUAAACGGGGAAUGCGGCGACCGUUCUUGCGAGGGAAUUCCGCACGAGGAUACGGGAUCCGAUCCUGAGCUCGGUGAGGAGAAAGUCCCUGAUUGCGCUAGGCUCGAUGGUAUCCCUCAAAAGAUUGAGAUGCCGUGGAGAUCAUCGUCAAGAUCUCUGGCUCGGGAUGGUCAAUCGGGGAUGACCGAAGAUAUAGUCAUCGCUUUGCGGGAGAGGGUGGGAAUCAGUGACGCGGUCAAGAUUCUCGUUCCCUUACCUGACCAAAGGCCGAUGGACGCUCCACCUGGAUGGUUUUGCCUCUACGAAUGCUUCCUCACGGAGUUUGGAAUACGUUUUCCGGUCCUCCCGUUACUUCUCGAGUAUGCGUAUGAGCGGGGUGUAGCGUUGAGUCAGCUGACCCAUGGUGUAGUGCGGCAUAUGGUCUUCUCGGCCGCUCUGGCGAAGGCAGCCGGGAUGAAGCUAGACAGGGAGCUCUUUGAGCGUAUAACUGAUCUUCGUGCUGGGGUUAAGGAAGGAGGUUUCAAGCGUUUCCACACAUCGAUGAAACAUGACAUCGUUUUUGGUGAUCAUCGAACGAAGAUUCAUCACUGGACGCGCUACUACUUUUUUGUCAAGGUCGACCGUGCUUCGGUCGGGGAUUUCGAUCCUAGAAGGAUUGUCCCAAGGAAAGUAAAUACUACUUUAAAGGAGAAGUUUAGAACUUUACGCGACUUGAGUAGAGAGACUUGGGCGGAUGCGUUUGCCGAGACCGAAAGGAAGAAGAAGGAAAAGAAAGGAAAGGCUAUUGCUAUAGCGAUUCCUCUCCCUGAUAAGUUGCCGGGUGUUGCUAGGAAGACAGGCUUAAGGAAAAGGGCUCCGGCUUUGGUGGAUGAUGAUAUCCUGAUCUCUGAUCCUUUGCACGUGAGUCCAUGUUAUUCAGAUAAUUUUGUGCGGAAAUGA